CUUUGUCCUCCCCAGCCAGGUAAACGGAGAAGUUUGAAUGUUCAAACAUUCAAUACUGUUCCGUCGUCUGGCGAUCGAUAGGGCCCUUCUGGCUUUCGACUACGAUGGACACAGGUUUCUCCUUCUCGCCGACACCUGUCUCGUUCGAACUGGACACCUUGCCACCCGUCGAUAUGAUCCUGCUUUCCAACGACUCCGUCGUAUUCUACACCUGCGAAACUACUCUUCUCGACGUCUCCACUAACUCCUUCCGCAAUCUCCUUCCAUUCCCAUUCCCAACUCACCAUGGAGACGGAAGCAUCAAUCCUUCUGAGAGAAUCCUCACUUUACCCGAAAUCCCCUCCUCCGAGCUCGAAAUCAUGCUCUUAGCGAUCCAUAACGUCCCCCGGAACAACAACUCACCCUCACUCUUCGACGUCAACAUUAUUACUCGAGCCAUCGAUCGUCUCCCCGAAUAUGGAAUCCCUCCAGACACUCGGAUCACUCCUACAUCUCAGAUAUAUCACCUAAUGCUAUCCUGCGCGCCUUUGUACCCACUGGAGAUCUACGCGCUAGCAGCUCAGUACGAGAUACAUUCCCUAGCAGUGACCGUAUCCAGUCAUGCGCUGAGUCUCGAACUGUCCGAGGUGAGUGUCGAGUUGUCGAGGAGAAUGGGGGCGAUUUAUCUCUUAUGGCUGUUCCAAUUACAUAUGGGGAGGACGGAGAGGUUGAAGGUAUUGUUGACGGCUGAGGUGGGACUUCAUAAUCCGACGGCGGAGUGUAGUUUUACGAACCAGAAGACGUUGAAGAGGAUGUGGAAUUUGGCGGUGGCUAAGUUGUUGUUUGUGAUUAAACCUGAUACGACGACUGCGCUGAUUAGGGAUACGGUUAUGGAACAUACCUCCGAGUUGACCUGCCCAGAUUGUUUGAAUCUCAGAGACAAGCAGCUCAAUAUGGUCAUCACUGAAUGGUCGGUGACAAGGCGUACAAUCGGUGACAGUUAAAGUUGUAUCUUAUGAUAGCAUGUUCUUGAUCGUUUCAGGCAGUCUACCCGGACCGUAUUCUGUACUCACCCGACCCCGAGCAAAGCAAAUAGCAGACUGCGGCGCUGAAAAUUUCACUCGGCGACAGCUCGGUCUGAGAGCCCACUUCCGAGUCAGACAUCUCAUCUGCAUUCCUCGUGGCUCUCGCCUUCUCUUCCAUAUCGUCUGUCUGGGCGUUGAAGAAGAGGAAGGCGUCGUAGAGGAAGGCGCACCUAAAGGUCCUUCAUCCGGCUUGUCCGUCCUUGAAGCUUGAAGUCCCAGAGCCAACAAGCGCGAGCUCCAUCGUCCUCGGUGAAAGUCUCAAACUUCCCUCAGAUACUCGAGUGCUUCUUCUCCUCGCCUGCAUAUCACCCAUAUACCAGCCAACGACGCACUCUGACAAGUCCUUGAUAUCCUCCAUCUGCAUUUGAAAAGCAUGGAUUGUUGAUAAUGAAAUUGAUAAUCCCCAUCACUUGUAGCACAUUCUUGAUGACCUUCCUACACGUUUAUUUCUUCUCGGCCAACAUCAAAGGACAUUUCCUCCCGUACUUCUCCGCAAGAAGGUCGACGAGAGCGACAAACAACCCGUUUCCAUCAUAGCUUUCAGCUGGAGCUGUUUGUUCAACUUCAAUCAGGAGGGAAAAAGGGAAUACGGACACUACGAGAUGACGAAGCGGACCCCAAACCCAACUUUGGCAGGAAAAAUGAAGGAACGUAUCACAAGGUCAAAAUAGC